GUCUCGUAACGCAACCUACUAUUUUCUUCGAGUUCCUUCAGUUUCUAAACUGGCGUCAAAAACAGCUCCCUAUCUAUAUCUUCUAAGUUUACUAAAACAAAAUAAAAUCGUAUCAAGCUGUAAAUAAUCCAUAUGUUUGAUAUUUAAAAAUAGUUAGAGUGGUACCGUACCGUACUCAGGGGUUUCUAUGCAGAUCGGUUUUAAUAUUUACCUACUAAUAUCAUGUAACAAGUAGGUAUAUUAAUUAUCAAUCGAUUGUUUUAUUCUAGUUACAUUCGAUAGUAGGUACUUAUAGCUCAUUUGAUAAAAAACUCAAAAGGUACGCAAGUAGGUGCAAAAGAAUGCGAUCGCUCGCCUCUCGCCCUCUACCUUUUACUCAGCAUACAUAUACUCUAAGGAAUUCGUUGUGAUUGCUAUAUUCUUCGAUUGUAUCUACCUAAUGUCUAGUUUGUUUUUGAAUGUUGAAUGAAGGAGCAUUUUUUGUAUUGCAUUUUAUUGUGUUAUACCCUUAAUAUUCGAUUCCAACUGAGAAAUCUAAUAAUAUAUUAAAAUCCAGUAGGACAUCUACCUGCGGAAGCAAUUAUUUGAUUCAAAUAAUUUUGUUUCACAGCAUAGUCCGCUUCUAAAUCUUUUUUGAUGUCUUCAAACUUGUUUAUCAUGUUGAUUAACAUCGAUUUUACUCCAAUUUUAAAUGGUCCCUCCAUUAGGUACGAUUACCUAUAUGUUUUAAUAAAAUAAUUACAAAAUGUUUUAGUAGGUACUUACUUAAAUCACGAGCGGCAAUUUGAAUUGACGUAUGAAGGGCGCGCUCAGUGGAAAAAAAACAAGGUUUGGUUCGAUGUACAUUGCGGCUUUUCUUAGCGCAAUCAUUGAGUGUUGCGCUACUUCAGUUUGCUUUACAUUGCUACUGACAGACUUUGCUUGACAGACUAUAGUAUACGACAUGUUUAUUGUACACUAACAAAAUUGACAAUUCCCUGGGACUUUUAAAUCACAAAAGUUUUGGGACUAAACUGCAGUUGUUUCAUCAAACAAAUAUCCAAAUCAUUUAUUUGCUAGAAUACAGUCAAGUGGACGUUGUCAAAUACAUUUUUAAGUACUACAGUGUGUAGUGUAGCGAUAUCAUUAUCUUCAUUAGACUCUUCAACUGUAUUUAAAAUCUAUAGCCGUAGUAAUUCAGUUCUGGUUUGCAUUUAGCGACAAUAUUAUAUUUUGAUUUAACCAAUCUCAAUCUGUUUAUUGCGACGUGAACUGUAUUUUGCGAUUGAAUGCGUGCAAAGCGCAACACGCAAGCGCAUUUUCGAUUCAAUCUCAAUAUGUAGGUAUCUAAGCAGAGAAUAGACACACCGCGCACUGAAAACCAUGCGUCAAAGGACAACGCCGGACAAUACCUACUGAAUCGGCCGGAAAACAGUUCUCGCAAUUUAGUCGCGGCAGUAUUUUACUGGACGCCAACUUGAAAACAACCUAAAAAAACCAUUUAAAAAGUUAAAUAAAAAAUGUUACUAUUCCAAACUUUAUUAGUGACUAGUCUUCUAAACACCAUAUUUUCAUACAAUACUUUUGAUUAUGAGUCUGUGCGACCAGGAGAUCAUGGAUACUACGGAGUACAUGAUGGCUUGGAGCACGCUGAUAUGAUGAAUGAGUGGACUGUGGAGGUGGAUGGUGAUGAGGAGGUGGCGCAGCUGAUCGCGUUGGAGUUGGGAUACGUGUAUGGAGGACCGGUGGCCGGUUUCCCGAACACCUACUCCUUUCUAAAGUAUCGGCACAGUAAGCAGCGACGCACGUACGGCGACUCCUCGCUGGCUCUCAUCAAAGACCGGAGGAUAAGAUGGGCUGAACCAUUAUUCUCCAAGUCGCGAGUAAAACGCUACCCGACCCCGGAACCAGAUGCGUCUCUAGAGCGAGUGAAGAGGAUAGAUACUCAAGCGGAAAAGAGACAGAAGAGGGAGGUAGGCAGGCCUCUGUUCAACGAUGAAUUGUGGGGAGAAGAAUGGUAUUUGCAAGACUCGCGCAACGUACGCUCGCUGCACCACCUAGACCUGAAUGUGUUACCCGUGUACGCCAUGGGGUACACUGGCCGCGGUGUUCGCGUGUCCGUGCUCGACGACGGCGUAGAACACAACCACACCGACCUGCGUGAUAACUAUGAUCCUGAAAUCAGUUGGGAUUGCAACGACGGCGACCCGGAUCCGUCUCCAUCACAAAAAGACCUUCGGCGUAAUUCGCACGGCACCAGGUGCGCAGGAGAAAUAGCGAUGAAGGCGAACAACGUGAAAUGUGGCGUGGGCGUAGCUUGGGGGGCGAAAGUGGGCGGGGUCCGUAUGCUGGACGGGCGAAUCACGGACCGCGUCGAGGGAGAAGGAAUAGGUUACGCCUGGGACAAAGUGGAUAUCUACAGCGCGUCUUGGGGCCCUAAUGACGACGGGCGCACCGUCGAAGGACCGGGCCGUCUCGCCAUGCAGGCGUUUAAACGGGGAGUCACUCAGGGUCGUAGUGGUAAAGGCGUUAUUUACGUUUGGGCCAACGGAAACGGAGGAAUACACCAGGAUAAUUGUAACUGCGAUGGGUAUUCGUCAUCGAUCUACACAGUGUCAAUCGGCAGUGCUUCACAACAUGGCCGUUUCCCCUGGUACGGCGAGGUCUGCUCCUCUACCCUCGCCGUGGCCUACUCAUCAGGCGCUCGCAAGGAUCAGAAGAUUGCGACGACCGACACAAAUGACUCAUGCACCCUGGACCAUACAGGCACCUCAGCCGCCGCGCCUCUCGCAGCCGGCAUCAUAGCUCUCGCUUUGGAAGCCAAUUCUAAUCUAACUUGGCGAGAUGUUCAACACCUAAUCGCUUGGACUUCAGACUCCAGUACAUUAGCAGGCAACCCCGGAUGGCAAAUCAAUGACGUCGGACUUCAAUAUGACGUUCGAUUUGGCUUCGGUCUGCUCAACGCUGAAGCCCUGGUGUCUAGAGCUCUGAACUGGAUAACGGUUCCUGAGAAACACGUCUGCCACAUACCACCACAAUACAAAAUCAAUCAAAAACUAUCAUCAGGGCAACAAGUUAACAUUUAUUUUGGCGCCCACGACUGCCCAGUGAAAUACGUCGAGCACGUGGAACUCGUUAUAAACAUGCACUACAGCAAGCGCGGGGCACUUGAAGUUUAUCUGACGUCUGUACGCGGAACGAGGGUACAGCUUUUGAGCGCCCGACCGGAAGACACCUCCAAUGCUGCUUUCUCGAACUGGCCUCUCAUGUCUGUAGCUACGUGGGGAGAGAAUCCUAAAGGCGUGUGGCACGCCGUUAUAUUAGAUGAUACAAAUGAAGCUAACAUAGGAGAAGUUGGAGAAACGACAUUAAUCAUACACGGAACCAACGAGACACCGGCUCAUAUGAAACAUUUACUUAAAGAAGAUGGAAUUCCAAAUGGUGACACUGACAAUGAAAACAAUACGAAACAUUUACUUGAAGAAGCAGAGGUUACAAAUGAAGAUAUUUCUUCUAUCAAUGAAAACAUAUUUAGUAAUUUGCUAGGCGUAGAGGAUCAUAAUGUUGAAGUGGAACCGUCGCUGCUGGCAGCGGUGGAGAAGCAGCUUUUUCGGAUGCAUCACAGGAAAGUGAACAGGCCUGCUGGCUUGUAAAGUGUCAUUUUAUCCUUGAAGAGACAAACUAUUCUUAAAAUACCGACGCACAAGUAUAGUAGGUUCAGCCAACAGAGAUUUUGAAACAUCUUAGCGCUUUUUUAAAUCACAAUACGGUUACACAAUUUUUAACAAUUUAGCAAUCUAGAGGCCUUUCUCUAGUAACUUCAUCGGCACUCACAGCCAUCUCGCUCACGCUUACGCCCAGUGAGAGAGAGAAGAAUCUGAACUCACGGGGCCUUAGGUUUUCCAUGUAUAAAAAAAACUACUACUCCACUGGCUCAGUGACUCAAAAAGGAUCUUGGACUCUGACAAAAGAGAGUGCCCUAUUCUGCACCACUCCACGCCAGUUAGGUUCAGUUCAGAGUACAGGUCUUUUAGGGUUUUGUCACUCCACCGGUAUCUGGGAUCCCGGAUCCCCAGAUAUUUUUAGCACACAUAGCUAAUUAAUGUGUACUCAUAGACAGAACUGCUACUCUGAAAAGGUUGCACACUUGUAUAGACGCCAUCAGAUAUAUCGGAGCGGCCAAGGUGUUCACAAAUAUCUGAACAAGCACUUUAACGCCUUGACAUUAGAGGCGUGUUCAGAUAUUUGUGAGCACCGUGGCCGCUCCAAUAUAUCUGUUGGCGACUGUACUAUAAGCGAUAAAGAAGAAGAGUGGGGCGCGUCUUCGUGGAUGGCACAAACUUUAAAAAUGCAGCACAGGUGAAAUUAAAAGACCGCUCCGUGCAAGUUUCAAUCUCAUCACAGUUGCCGGUUUACACAUGUAAAACUUGAACCUGUACUAUGUAAAAAUACAUAAGGUACAGUCAGCAUGAAAAUUACCAGAUCAGACUACGUUUCAUAAGUAUCUACUUACCAUUCUCUAACAGCUUAACAAAAGGAGAUAUGUCAAUAUGUCUAGAACAAUUAGAUUAUAGGUAACAGAUGUUGACCUCAAACUGUAAAGAUUUAUAUCUUGUUGAAAAAGUAUUCUAAGGUAGUACGAGUAUAUACUUUUAGUGCGUUCUCUCAUCCGCUACUUACGCUGACUGUACACUUAGCUUCAAACCUAUCGUAUUAUCUCUCUCUCCCGAAAAAUCUGUCGGAUUCUUACCCAGACUAUACGAUCCGGAUUUUAAACCCCCCUAAUCAAGCGUAGACAUUAACCGAAGGAAGGUUUAAGAUUGGUUGAACCUGGUAGAACUCUAUAAAUGCAUUUAGUACCUACUUAAAUUCUGCUAAUGUUGUAAAUCACAGGCGUAUUCUGAUUUUAAUAACAGGUUAUGAAUUAGAUGACAAGAAGAUUAGUUAUGGAUCUGAUCUGUCAGUGUCAAAAGUGACAUUCCUUCAACAAAAAUGUCACUUAACUACCUACUAGUACAUCACGUCACUUAACUACUACCAGAUCAAAUUAAUAACCUGUUUUUAAAAUCAGUAUACGCCUGAAAGAUAGUAUGUUAUAUAUGAAUGUUACCCACUUACGCAAAUACCACAAAACAUAUUUGUAUGACAUGCAGUUGCAGGUAGUUUAUAAAUGAAUAAAAAAAUGUAUUUAUUUUCCUUGGAACAAGUUAUCAAGUCCAUAUUAUAUACUGUUUAUCCUUGUAUUAAUCCCCCAAAAGCCUGUUUACAGAUUGAUUAGUGUUUAAUGUGAGUUCUUAAUUUGCUACUAAUUUAGUAGCAAAUGUAAGCCUCACACAAAACACUAAUCAUUGUGUAAAUGUAAACAGGGCCUAAGGGAGUAGAAAUGAGGACUGAAUUUUAGUACGGGGUGGGUGGACCGGAGGAGGCACCAUAUGUGGCAGGGAUAGUAGCAUAUAGAUUUAUGAUAGCCGGCACUAUUGGAAAUGUACAUAUCAAUAUACACAACCUACAUAAUUGUAUAAAAUUGUAUGCCACAACCCCAAUUGUACCCAAUAAUCAAACCAUAACUAUUUAGUACGCAUAACAUUUAUAUACGUUAUAUUAUAUCUAUAAAAAAAAACAGUGUCAGAAUAAAAGAUAUUUUUAUUCGAUUAAGAAAAGACACAUUACAUUACUAAAUUAAGUGUGUCUUAAUCGAAUCAAAAAUACCACUAAUACCUAUAUCUGACCUAUAAAUCAGGUCCUUAAAUAUUAAUUAAAUAUGAUAAGAUAAACCCGAACGUUUAAUCAAUAUCCAAAACAAAUUAGGUAGGUAAGUAUAACUCAUCUAGUCGCUUAAUUAUUUAAAUAAAAAAAUAAUUUAAUGUCGUUUUUUAUUUCGCGAAUAGGAUGAAUGGGAACUUGAAAUA